AUGUUUUUAAUCAAAAGGUUUAAUAGUACAUUUCAACGUAUAAAUACAGUUAGUAAAUCAAAACAACCAGGAGAUUCAUUAGGUGUACGAGGAUGGAUCAAAAAUAUACGACGACUGAAGAAUAAUAUAUUCUUGGACAUUAACGAUGGUUCCACAACGCAAAAAUUUCAAAUUGUUGUUCCUAAAAAUGAGGCGACAAAGGCAUUGACAGCGGGUAGUCUAAUCAGGGCAAUAGGUAAGGUACAACUUGCACCCCAUGGCCAUUAUGAAUUGCAUGCCGAUGAGGUGGAAACAUUGGCUGAUGGCCACCUAACGGAGGGUUUCCCUUUUUCACCAAAGCAAAAACAUGCUCCGGAAUAUGUCAGAGAUUUUUUGCAUUUACGUUCCCGUGUUGAUUAUGUAGCUGCUGCAAUGCGGCUCAGACAUAAAGCCCAGAAAGCUUUGCACGAUUUUAUGGACAGCAAUGAUUUUGUACAAAUACAUACCCCAAUAAUUACCACCAAUGAUUGUGAGGGUGCUGGAGAGGUUUUUACAUUACGUCCCGAUUCGGAGUUGUUAUUAAAACAAAUGUCACGCCCAGAAAUCCCCAUCGAAAAUAGUUAUUUCGAUUCGAAAGUUUUUCUCACUGUCUCUGGGCAAUUGCAUCUCGAAUCUAUGUCCUACGGGUUGGGUAACACAUAUUGUUUUGGUCCCGCCUUUAGAGCUGAAAACACUAAAUCACCUUUACAUUUAUCCGAAUUUUAUAUGUUCGAAGCUGAGAUGACAUACAUUGAGGAGUUAUGUGAACUUUGUAAAUUUAUGGAGAAAAUGAUCAAAAGUAUUUCACAACAAAUAUUAGAUACAAGUUCUAUGGAUUUGGAAUUUUGUCAGAAAACCUCCCUGGGUGAUAAACAAUCUUUAGAUUGGUUAGAUAAAGAUUGGAUAACAUUGAACUACAAGGAGGCAUUGGAUAUAGUUAUGCAGAAUAAGGAUAAAUUUAAAACUGCCAUAACACCCGAUGAGGGUUUUUCCAAAGAACAAGAAUUGUUUUUGGUUGAACAUUGUAAGGCCCCCGUGUUUGUGGUAGAUUGGCCUUCACAACAGAAACCAUUCUAUAUGAAACAAUCACGUACAGAUGAAUCUAUUGUGCAUGCCUUGGACUUACUGAUGCCCUCAGUUGGUGAAUUAUGUGGUGGUAGUUUACGUGAAAAUGAUGAACACCGACUAAGAGCCCAUCCACAUUUACCACAAGGUAUUGAAUGGUAUCUGGAAUUGCGUAAAUAUGGUGGCAUACCAACAGCCGGCUUUGGUAUGGGUUUUGAACGUUAUUUACAAUUGUUAACAGGUGUCAAGAAUAUCCGUGAUGUUAUACCUUUCCCACGUUAUCCACAUAGUUGUAAAAUGUAAAUGUUAUGU